AUGAUUGAAGAUAGCCAAAAUGGUCAGCGACGGCUUCCAGCGUGUGAGAGAUGUCGGUCUAGGAAGACGAAGUGUGAUUCACAACUCCCAUUAUGCGCGAACUGUGCAAAGGCUGGGGUUGAAUGUAUGCAUAAACAUAAAGUUUUGGGAAAAGAGAUUACUAGAAGUCAUCUUUGGUCAUUGGAAGAACGAAUCCGUGCUUUUGAAGGAGGACAUGCGUCAUUCGAUCAGCAAUCAGGAACUGGCCAACAAGUACCAAAACGGGCGAGAUUGCUUGAUAAUCAAAAUCGAGACACUUCAAAGGACAAAUCUCCAUUGCCAAUAUCCAAUAGAUCUCAAUUGCCUUCCCAGACUCAGCUGCAUGUAAGUCCUAUAGGAUCUGACAAUGGUUGCUCCCCAGCUUCUUUGAAUGAUGAUAAUGAAAGCUCUAUCCGGGAUAAGAUGGAUUCUUUGCUCGCUACAACUUUUUCUAUAGGAUCGGCUUCCCAUGUCAGCGAUGAACUUGACAGUCAAAUCCGACAGUAUUUAAGCCCUGCUUCUAGGCAAAGUGAAGGGGAAAUCUUUAAGGACAAGGAGCAGGCUUCUAUCAGAAAACUUGGGCAAGAUUUCUUGAAGCAGGCACGUCGGAACAACACUAGAAAUAGACUUACAGACAUAACAGCUUACGAUUAUCAUUUACUCACUAGAUUGGAAAAGCGCUAUUUCGCAUGGAUGAAUAGCGCACACCCCGUACUACAUGAAUGUAUGUUUCAUCUUCAACUAGAAAAAUGCAAGAACAAACCCCAAGAAGCUUCUCUGAUCGACCUUUUUCAGGUAAAUAUGGUCAUAGCCAUUUCUCUAGCUUCCAUGAGUCGGCCACAAUUAUCUGUUUCUGAGAUCGGGCGAAUUGCUCAUGAUUUCUGGAAAUCAGCGACAAAAUUUCAUUCCCGAAUACUCAUUGGUCGUGGAAUUAAAAAGCUUCAAAACAUCUUACUACUAUUACAAUACACUCUAUUAGUUCCCAACGCAGGAAAUUUAUGGCAGCUCUCGGGUUCGGCUAUGAGAUUUGCAACUGAAAUGGGGCUCUACGCUGAACCAAAUCCCUCGCAAGAUUUUGACCCUUUAAGUUUGGACCUUCGUCGACGUAUAUUCUGGACUUGCUAUUGCAUUGAUCGAAUCCUAUCGACAGUAAUGGGAAGACCUACCGGAAUUCCUGAUACUUGGAUAUCUGCUAAAUGCCCUGCUAUGGUUGAGGAUAAGCUGAUAACUGUGUAUGGAAUAGAACCGGGCCCUAUGUGCCACCUAAAGGUUUCCCAAAUUCAACAGAUUCGGAUAUGCCGACUUCAAUCAGAAAUCCAUAAACAAUUAUACGCACCAUCAUAUCAAGAGGAACUACCUCAUAAAGAACUUGUUAAUUGGAGUUGGCAGUUGUAUGACCAACUUAGACUUUGGCGUAGUACAUUCUCCCAUCCUACACCAUUAAUAACGAAGGAGUGGACUGAAUUUCAAUUUCAUAUUGCUGUUGUUUUACUUUUCCGACCAUCUCCUAAUCGUCCAAAGCUAUCUGAUGAGGAACUACAUGUUGCUUUCCAUUCCGCAGGUGAGGGCAUGAAGUUGGUUAAAAUUAUGCAUAGAGAAUAUUCUGCAGUGUUUUCAUGGCUCACAGUACAAAACCUUUUUAUGUGUGGCUUAACAUUUGUUAAUUCAUUGAAAGAACUUGCUAAAAGACGAAAUUCUCAUCAGUUGUGUAUAUCAUUUGUUGAAAUAUUUUUACAAAUUCAGUCUUGUACUGCAAUGCUUGAAACGUUUUCAACCUUGGAAGAAGGAGCCAAUGAGAGAAUAAGAAAUGCUUUUGAAAUGAUAUCUUCGAAUGUUCUUCAAAAUAUCACUAGUAUAGCUCCACCAUUACCACAACAGUCUAGUCAUUAUGGGUGCGUUUGGUUUCAAAUUGCAAAACUAGAUAAUAUUUCUUUAUCAAGGCCAAUACAAAUUGAAGGAAUUAAUGUUCCGAUUCAAGAACGCUCGAAUAUUCUUCAGCAAACUGAUAUCCAAGUUUGGGAAGACUGUUCUAAUGGCUAUGGUGAUGAGCAUUUUUUUGAACAUGACAUUGAUGCAUGCACCGGUAAGGGCAUGCUUAAUUUGCCACUUGAUACGGAUUCAUAUACCAUCAUGAAGAGAAAUAAUCCUCCUCAUAAUUUAGUUCCUUCAGAUCAAGACGAUCAUACAUCAAAUGACAGGACGCAGCCCUUGGGUUAUCAGCUACAUCAAGAAGUCUCGAGUUCUAGUAAUCCUAUGCAACCCUUGAGUACACACGAAGACCCAAGUUUAGAAAGGUUGGCUGCAAUUUCUAAUGCAGCUGCUGAGGCCGAACCUAUUCGUGAUAUAGUUGGAUUUCCUGAUUGGUCCGAAAGUAACUUGGGUGCUGAAUUAGAGCGAUGGUUCCUCUACCCUUUGCCAGAGGCAAGUGAGCAAUUCACUCUAUGA